CCAUGCCUAUCCAAUAUUUCUUGUAAAUGUAAAUUCAUAGUCAUAGCUAUGUUUGUCAUAACGAUGGUUGACAGUAAAAAAUAAAAAAUAAAGCUUGCUACAAGGUGUUUCCAAUAACCUAGCAUUUAGUGUUAGCUAGCUAGCCUAGCCUAUAUUGGCUGUAGCUCUGUGUACCUAAUAAACUGGUAACUGACGAUAUUUAACUUGACUUUACUUGAUUCUAUUAAAAUGCAUACAAUGUGUUUUAUCAUCACUGUCAGGUUAAACCAGAUUUCCAGUGACUAGUGAAUGAAUGACUGGAUGAUUAGUGUCAUCAGGUAACCUUAUUACCUGUGCAGGUAACUUCACAUUGUCUGUGUGCAGGUUUGUGCUGCCGUGUUUUCAGCUCAGGUGAGAGAAGUCAGGAAGAGGUGUGGUCAGGAGAGAAACUGGAGAGAGGAGCUGAAAACACACAGGAUUCAGAGAGGAGUUGUGAUUGUGGGGAAGCCCUCCGUCCGUCCACGCCGCUGGAGGUUUCAGUUCACCGCGACAUGGAUCUCUGGUCCCGGGAGUGUGUGGUUGAGAAGUAGCUACCGGAGGACUGACUCGUUGUGAUUGACGGCGGCGGCCGGUGAUGCUGAUGGACCAGGACACUCAGUGGCUGUACCAACUCCUGGCCGAGGUCCAGUUGGAGAAGUUCUACCUGCGUGUCAGAGAUGGCCUCAACAUCACCCGCAUCGAACACUUCAGCUACGUCAAGGAGUCCGACCUGGAGCAGAUCGGAAUCAGCAAACCUGCACAAAGAAGAUUAUGGGAAGCUCUGAAACGCUACAAGAUAAACGCACGGGGACGAUCCUGGGUGCCCAAGCCGCCGAGAGGUCCGGAGGGCGGGGAGCAGUGGAGCGGCGGCGGCCCGGCUCCGGUUCAGGAGGUGAGCCGGGCUCUUCCCAGUCUGAUCCAGGACAGCGAGCUGGUCCUGGGAGAGAAGCUGGGCUCCGGCUCCUUCGGGGUGGUGAAGAGGGGAGAGUGGCACACGCCCACUGGGAGAGUGCUGCCUGUAGCAGUAAAGUCCCUGAAGAGCAGCCUGUCGAGGCAGACGGACACACUGACGGACUUCCUACAGGAGGUGACCACCAUGCAGUCACUGGACCACCAGCACAUCAUCCGGCUCUAUGGAGUGGUGCUCACACAGCCUCUCAAAAUGGUCACAGAGCUGGCCCCCUUAGGCUCUCUGUAUGAAACCCUGCGCUCUCGUCAGUACGAGUACCCCCUGCUCCGCCUCUGGCUCUUUGCCACCCAGAUCGCAGCAGGUAUGGACUACCUGGAGAUGAGGAGGUUCAUCCACAGGGACCUGGCAGCGAGAAACGUCCUGCUGGCGUCCAGGGAGACGGCGAAGAUCGGAGACUUUGGCCUGAUGAGAGGCCUGAGCCAAGACGCAGACCACUAUGUGAUGUCAGCACACAAACGGAUCCCGUUUGCAUGGUGUGCUCCGGAGAGUCUCCGUGUGGGCUCCUUCUCCCACUCCUCAGACGUCUGGAUGUUUGGGGUCACUCUGUGGGAGAUGUUCACGUACUGCGAGGAGCCCUGGCUGGGCCUGUCGGGCAGACAGAUUUUAUGGCGUGUGGAGCGGGAGGGUGAGCGCCUGGAGAAACCGCCGGAUUGCCCCCAAGAACUGUACGCCGUCAUGAGGAAGUGCUGGGCCUGCAAUCCUGCCGACAGGCCGACCUUCGCCCAGCUCAUCACAAUGGUGGCAGAGGCUAAACCAAUGGAGACACAAGCAACACGAGACUUUGCUGAACCCAGAAAACUUGCACUUGUGGCCAACGACCUUGUGACCGUCAUAGACCAUGGUCUGGAGAUGUGUGAGUGGAGAGGCCAGAACCAGAGGACGCUGGCGGUCGGCUGGUACCCUGCCGGCCUCACCGUGCCGUUACUCCCUCCUGCUCCUGCUCCUGCUCCUGCUCCUGCCGGCAACCCCGGGCCCAACCCCGCCUCCGCCACCGCUUACAUCUCCCCCCCGCUGAAGGGCAGCCUGCAACACACCGGGCACGGAGACAUCAAACCUGAGCACUGCUGGGGGGGACCUGACACCCAUAUAGAGACCAACUGGAGGACGGCCCCCCCCAGAGACAAGGACAGCUCCAAUCUGAAGAAAAUGGCAGGUAUGUCUCAGAGUCUGGAGUCAGUGUUGGGCGGAGGGUCGCGGGUUCAGACGGUCGGGGCGGUCCGAGUGGAUCAGCAUGGCCGACUCGUUGCUCCAGCUCGUAGUGUGGUGAUGCAGGACCCCCGCAGGUUCAGCGAGGCCAGCCUCGCCCCACCUCCCAGCAUCGCCCCACCUCCCAGGCCCCCGCCUCCCAACCUCAAACGCAUUAACGUUAAACCCCAGAGGAGGCCCACCAUCCACCCGGUCUACCCGGGCUCCUCCUGGCCUCCUCCAGCACAGCCUCAGCCUCAGGUUCCACCUCCCCCCCAGCCCCAGUACCCGCCUCACCAGCCUGUCGGAGGCUCCAACCUGGCCAAGAUGUCCCACAUGGCUCGCUCAACCCCCCAGCUGGACGAGCCGGACCACCGAGAGAGGGACCGGGUCAGAGACCGAGAGAAGUCGCCUCAUCUGCAUAACACCAGAGACAGCCUCACGUCACAGGUGAUGGAGGCGGUUCAUGGAGCGACCAUUGAAGAGGUUCGUACUGCACUUCAGCGCAAUGACUGGAACCCGGUACGAGCAGAACAACAGCUCAAGCUGGAGCAGCUGUACUCUCUGAGCCUCUGCUCCAGAGAAGACUGUCUGAGGGUCCUCACCAGGUACCAGUGGAACCUGCAGCUGGCCAGCCGGUACCUGAUCCGCUGGUCACGGGACGACCGCACCACCACCGGAGACAGGGAGCGAGCCCAAGUUAGCGCCGAAAGACGAGUCUGAAAUUAUUUUCUGGCUUUGACAUUGGAAGUAUACUUUUCAUUUAGCACCUUGAUACGGGAACAGACGGGAGGUCCAGUGCAUUGUAAAGUAGAGAAGUGAAGAAGUUUGAUUGUAAAAAAGAAAGAUAAACAGGAAUUUAGCGAAGAGACUUUUCCGACUACUGUUCUUGUAUUUUGUAAUGACAUACUGUCCAGCACAUUAUGUGCAUUUUGCAAAUAGUUUUUGUAUCGUGAUGAAUUUGUAUAUAAUGUAUUAGAAAUUGUCGUCUUAUUGAAUAAAGUGG